AUGUCUGCUUUCGUACGUCGACUGUGGUGUUACUUCAUUAUAGCAGUUUCCAUCAACAUUAAGCUCCUUCAUGUUCUUCCCUAGGCGCACAUAAGCAUAGCCUGUGUACGCGUGAGCUGCUCUCUGCUUUCUCCUCUUUCAGUCCCACUCUUAUUUUCUUUUCUCUGUUUUAUGUCGUUGUCUUUUAAAUUUUCUCUGGAAACAAACACUCAUUUAAAUUAAUAAAUAAUCGGCCCAGAUUGAUGGAGGCUGUUAUGGAUACUCGUCGGAGAGUCAAAUUCCCGGAAACCAGCCGGAGUUUUAUUUAUAUUUUUAUUUUUUCUCUUGUUUUCUUCAUUCGAGAAUAAUGGCAACCACCACUAACACCAAUACACCCGUGGUGGACUCUGCAUCCUCAGCAGACGAGCUCACCGCCAAGACUGUACACAAGCGCUAUGAAAAUCUCGUUAUGGUUAGAACCAAAGCGAUAAAAGGCAAAGGUGCGUGGUACUGGGCUCACUUGGAGCCUAUUCUGGUCCACAACACUGAGACUAACCUCCCUAAAGCAGUUAAGCUCCGGUGUUCCUUAUGCGACGCGGUUUUCUCAGCCUCAAAUCCCUCUCGUACUGCCUCUGAGCAUCUGAAACGCGGGACGUGCCCGAAUUUCAACUCGCUUCCCAAACCCAUUUCGUCUCUCUCCCCGUCUUCGAACACAGCUGUAGCUUCGCCGUCAAGUGGUGGUGGUGGUACUGCUGCUAUGGUUGCUACUGCUUCUGUGGUACACAAUAACCGAAAACGUUCUGCUUCUGCUGGUGCAAGUUCUGGGGGUAUGUCUGUUUCGUCGUAUCCCAUGAUGGCUGUGGCUACUGUUGCUUCCACCACUUCGUACCAAGUUAGUCCUCUUGCCAUCGUGGAUCCAUCGAGAUUCUCAGGGGAGCUAGCAGUGUUGCCUCAACAUCCGCAUUUGAUGCUUUCUGGCGGGAAGGAGGAUUUGGGUGCUUUAGCGAUGUUGGAAGACAGCGUAAAGAAGUUGAAAAGUCCUAAAACUUCUCCAGGGCCGGCUUUGAGCAAGACCCAGAUUGACUGCGCCCUCGAUUAUUUAGCAGAUUGGGUCUAUGAGUCUUGUGGGUCUGUCUCGUUUUCGGCUUUGGAGCAUCCUAAAUUCCGGGCAUUCUUGAAUCAAGUUGGCUUGCCUGCAGUUUCGAGAAGAGAAUUUUGCGGUGAUAGACUGGAUGUUAAGUUUGAGGAAGCUAAGGCAGAGUCUGAGGCAAGGAUUAGAGAUGCUAUGUUUUUUCAGAUUGCAUCCGAUGGCUGGAAAGUCAAGAGUUUUAGCGGUUUUAGUGGCGUGAAUUUGGUGAAUUUGACAGUGAAUUUGCCUAAUGGGACUAGUUUGUAUCGGAGAGUUGUGUUUGUUAGUGGUUCAGUGCCUUCUAAGUAUGCAGAGGAAGUUUUAUGGGAGACCAUAUCAGGGAUUUGUGGGAAUGCCGUGCAGCAGUGUGUAGGGAUAAUUGCAGACAGGUUUAAGUCUAAGGCAUUAAGGAAUUUAGAGAGUCAGAAUCAUUGGAUGGUCAAUCUUUCUUGCCAGUUUCAAGGGUUCAAUAGUUUGAUAAAAGACUUCAGCAAGGAUCUUCCAUUGUUCAAGACUGUCACUGAGAAUUGCUUCAAGAUUGCAAAUUUCAUCAAUAACAAGCCUCAAAUUCGUAAUAGUUUCCAUAAAUAUCAAUUGCAGGAGUACGGGCAUGCAGGAUUGUUGAGAGUGCCCUUACGUCAGUUUGAGAAGAUGGAUUUUGGUCCUGUGUAUACAAUGCUUGAGGAUAUAUUGAGCUUCGCUCGAGCAUUGCCACUGGUUUUGCUAGAUGAAUCGUAUAAGAUAGUAUCCAUGGAGGAUCCAACAGCGAGAGAAGUUGCUGAGAUUAUUAGAGAUGUUGGUUUUUGGAAUGAACUGGAGGCGGUGCAUUCAUUGGUUAAGUUGACCAAGGAAAUGGCUCAGGAGAUUGAAACGGAGAGGCCAUUAGUUGGGCAAUGCCUGCCACUUUGGGACGAGCUAAGAGCAAAAGUGAAGGAUUGGUGUUCAAAGUUCGACAUUGCAGAAGGAGCAGUGGAAAAAGUGAUUGAAAGACGGUUUAAGAAGAAUUAUCAUCCUGCUUGGGCUGCUGCAUACAUACUUGAUCCACUUUAUUUGGUUAAGGACUCUAGUGGCAAGUACCUUCCUCCUUUCAAAUGCCUUACCCCUGAGCAGGAAAAAGAUGUGGACAAGCUCAUAACCAGGCUUGUCUCCACAGAAGAGGCUCAUAUUGCAUUAAUGGAACUAAUGAAAUGGAGAACAGAAGGACUUGAUCCGGUGUAUGCAAGAGCUGUCCAGAUGAAGGAAAGGGAUCCCAUUACAGGAAAGAUGAAAAUUGUCAAUCCGCAAAGCAGUAGGCUUGUGUGGGAGACUUAUCUUACUGAAUUCAAAUCACUAGGCAAAGUUGCAGUUAGGCUUAUUUUCCUUCAUGCUACUGCAUGCGGAUUCAAAUGCAAUUGGUCUUUGUUGAAAUGGGUGUGUGCCCAUGGGCAUUCAAGAGCGGCCAUGGACAAGGCACAAAAGUUGAUAUUUAUUGCAGCUCAUUCCAAGCUUGAGAGGCGGGAGUUUUCGAGCGAUGAAGAUAAGGAUGCGGAGCUUUUCGCAUUGGCAAAUGAAGCAUUCGACAAAGAUAUCGUUGGACUGGAGAAGCCACCGUAAGAUGGUUGGUGGUUCAGUAGAAUGAGAUGGAACAUGAUUAAAGGUAGAAUGCUGCCAUAAGGAUCCAAGAAGGGCUUGACUUGAAAUAUUGGAAAUGAGAUGCCUUUUUGUGAGACGCCAGAGGUUAAUUGAACAAGCUGGUUGGGUUAAUGGCAAGCCAGGUUCCCUGACGUGGGUCUACAACCUUGGAAGGACCUCUGUACUCACCUUUGUAGCUGGAGGAGCACUUCUAACUGUUUUUUUUUUUUUCUUCCUUAUCAUCUAAAUCCAUAUCUCCUGCUUUUCGUGUCUUUGGAAUGUGGAACCCCACCAUGAAGAAGUGGAAGUCUUUUUCCAAACUUUGGUUCUCAAGGAGAGUGAUCGGGGUUUUUCCUAUCAAAUCAUCUUUGUGGUAACGUCUCCUUUAAACAUUCCAAAGGUCGUGACGUUCAUGCAGGGUAAUUGGGUAUUGCACCCAAUGCCAUAAUUGAAAGAAAGUUGUUUAGAGGACCCAGAGGAAAGGAAGACUGUCGGCUUGAAGCAACAUUGAAGAUGCCUAAGAGUGAUUCUGCAACAAUUUCAAACUGAUUAUUUUUAUUGGUUCUGAAUAUAUAUAUAGUUGUGCAAGUUAGAAACUAUAAUUUAAUAGCAACUACUGGAUUUAACCACAUUUUAUAUCUGCAAUUCACCAAGAUAUGUUUACAUUUA